AUGCUCCUCGGGCUCAACCAGAGGGAGGACGAGCCCCUUUCUCACUUUGUGAACCGCUUCACCACACAAAUCCGCGGCCUAUCUGAUGCUCACCCUUCUUUAAUGAUGCAGGCAUUCAUGAUGGGCCUGCGCCCUACCCGGUUCUUUUGGUCUCUAGUGGAGCGACCCCCUACUUCGGUACCCGAAAUGUUGCAGCGUGCGAACCAGUACAUCGCUGCCGAGGCGUGGAUGGUCGGCAAGCGUGACGAGCGCAAAAGGGUCAAGCCCGAGCAGUCCCAACAGCAACAGCCCGCCACCUCCCGGCGCAGGGCCGGUGGCCUCAACGAUGCGGUGCCUGGGUCCCCUCUCCCGGGCCUGAACUCCUCUCGGACCGAGAUAUUUCUCCAUAUUAAGGAGAAAGGCCUUCUCAAAGAACCCUAUCCGAUGAGGAGUCCGCGCGAGCUCGCGGACCGCUCCAAAUACUGCCGUUUCCACCGACAGCCCGGUCACGACACCGAGGAGUGUCGGGAAUUAAAAAGGCAAAUUGAGGAGCUCAUCCGCCGAGGACACCUCGGUUCGUACCUCCAACCAGACAAGGAGCUCUCGCCACGCCCGGAGGGCCCCAUCGAGCGAAACAUAGAUGUCAUAACCGGCGGGCCGGCGUCCGGAGGGAAUUCCGCGGCGGGUGGAAGGGCAUACGCCAGGGCCUCCCGGGCUGAGGGCUCCAAACCCGAAAAGGGUCCCGAGGUCACCUUCCCGACCGAGGGAUCUGAACUAGCCGAGCAUGAUGACGCACUGGUGAUAUCGGCCAGAAUCGCCAACGCACAAGUAAGGAGAAUCAUGGUCGACACUGGAAGCUCGGCCGAUAUACUUUAUUGGGACGCCUUCCAAAAGCUCGGCCUGAUCAGGAUGGCACCCGAAGAUCAAAAACAUACAGCCUUCCUCACCGAGCAAGGAAUAUACUUUUACAGAGUUAUGCCGUUCGGGUUAAAAAACGCCGGGGCAACCUACCAGAGGACGGUGAACAAGAUGUUCGCCCACCAGAUCGGACGAAACAUGGAGGUAUAUGUCGACGACAUGAUCGUAAAGAGCCGAACGGCGGAGGCUCAUCCCUCCGACCUGGCGGAGACAUUCGACACUCUGCGGAGGUUCGGCCUGCGCCUCAACCCCACCAAGUGCGCCUUCGGUGUGACCUCGGGAAAAUUCCUCGGAUUCAUCGUACACGAAAGAGGGAUUGACGCCAACCCGGAAAAGAUACAGGCCCUCAUCGACAUGCGGCCUCCACGGACGAUCAGAGACCUGCAGCGCCUCAACGGGAGGCUAGUCGCUUUAUCGCGCUUCCUCUCCCGAUCAGGAGAUCGAUGCCACUCUUUUUUCCGGGCCCUGAAGGAUCCGAAGAACUUCCAAUGGACGGCGGAAUGCGAGACGGCCUUCGAGCAGAUGAAGCUACACCUGGCCAGCCUCCCUCGACUCGCUUCGGUCUCCCCAGGGGAGAAGCUGAGUCUCUACCUUGCCGUCUCUCGGCACUCGGUCAGCUCGGUUCUAGUCAAAGAAAUUUCCGGCGACCAACUACCGGUCUACUACGUCAGCCACAUGCUGAGCGGGCCAGAGGAACGCUACCCGCCAAUCGAAAAGUUGGCGCUGGCGCUCGUCCUGUCGGCGCGGAAACUCCGCCCCUACUUCCAGGCCCACCCAAUAGAGGUAAUAACCGAUCAGCCGCUUCGGCUUAUCCUGUCCAAAUUCGAUGUUGCAGGGCGUCUCCUCAAAUGGGCAGUGGAGCUCGGCGAGCACGACAUACAAUACAUACCUCGGACCGCCAUCAAAGCCCAAGCCGUGGCAGACUUCAUUGCGGAGCUGACGCCGAAUGCCGGCGAAGAACUCGAGCCACUGCGCGAUACCUGGACCCUCCACGUAGAUGGCUCGGCCAACGUGAAUGGCGCCGGCGCGGGUCUGGUUCUGACGACACCUGACGGCCGCUCGAUCGAGCGCUCCUUCCGCUUCGGGUUCAAAGCCACCAACAACGAGGCAGAAUACGAGGCUCUCCUGGCGGGGCUCCAGUUGGCACUGGAAAUGCAGGUGACCGACAUACGCGUCAUCACCGACUCGCAGCUGGUGGCUAGGCAGCUCGAUGGCGAGUACGAGGCCCGGGACCCGACUAUGGCAAAAUACCUAGCGCAGGUAAGAAGCCUGGCCGCCAAGUUUGCCCAUUUUGAACUGUCGAAUGUUCCCAGGAGCGAGAACCAGCGAGCCGACACCCUGGCUAAACUGGCGUCCGGCCCGUCCCCCUGGGCUCGACCCGAGACCGAAGAACUCCCCCGCCGAGCCAUAGAGGUCGUCGCUACCGUCGCUCACGGCGCGCCGGCAACUUGGGUACAGGAGAUCUUACGCUUCAAGCAGGACGGGACCCUGCCCGACGAUACUGCUACAGCUCGGCGCUUGCGUCGAACGCAGGCGUGGUACACCGAGGAAGGAGGACGGCUGUACAAACGGUCUUUCUCGCGCCCUCUGUUGCGCUGCCUAGAGCCGAGCGAAGCCAGGACGGUUCUGUCCGACAUGCACGAAGGGGCUUGCGGGGAACACAUAGGCGAGCGAGCCCUGGCGCACAAGGUACUCCGACAGGGGUACUACUGGCCGACCAUGCGCCAGGACGCAAAAGCUCUCGUGCGGCGAUGCAGCUCGUGCCAGGAGCAUGCCCGUACCACCCGACGACCGGCGGUCCUAUGGGUCGAAGCCGAGCCCCUAGCGACCAUCACGGAGUCGCAAGUGAAAAGGUUCGUAUGGAGAAACCUCAUAACCCGUUUCGGCCUGCCCCAGUCCAUCGUCGCCGACAAUGGACCGCAGUUCGCCGGCAGGAAAUUCCAAGAGUUUUGCGCCAAGCACAAAAUUCAACUGAGGUUCAGCUCGGUGGCUUACCCCCAGGCGAAUGGGCUAGCUGAAGUAACCAACCGGGCCAUCGUCGACGGACUCAAGAGAAGGGUAUCCGCUACCCGAUCGGCUUGGAUCGACGAGCUCCCGAGCGUCCUGUGGGCGCUUCGCACUACCCCCAAGACCCCGACCGGGGAGUCUCCCUAUAGCCUCACGUUCGGGACCGAGGCCGUGUUACCACCCGAGUUAGCCGUCCCGACUCCGCGGACGGCAGACUACAGCGAAGAAGCCUCGGGCGAAGGGCUGCGAUCAAACCUGGACCUGCUCGAGGAAAGACGGGCCGACGCACACCAGAAAGCCCUUUCUUACAAAAGAGCCGUAGCGAGGGUCUACAACCGGAACGUGCGACCCCGGUCGAUAAAAUUAGAGGACUUGGUCCUGCGCAAAGUCGAGGUCAGCCACCCCACCCAAGUAAGGGGGAAACUGGCCCCAAAGUGGGAGGGACCCUAUCGGGUCAUCGGAGUAUCCCGACCGGGGACAUUCAGGCUCGCCACAAUGGAUGGCGACCCCGUGCCCCGGACUUGGAACAUACAGAACCUUAGGAAAUAUUUCGUCUGA